AUGGCAGCAAUAAUGGGUUUAUUAUUCUCCAAUUUUCUCAUUGUUCUCUUCUUUCUAUCAACUUUUGCUAAUGGUUAUUCUUCAAAUGAUGUUAAACAUUGGUGUAGCCAAACCCCAAACCCUCAACCAUGUGAGUAUUUCUUGACCAACAACCCUAAUCAUUUUCACAAACCCAUUAAGCACAAAGGAGAUUUUCUCAAGCUUUCAUUGCAACUUGCUCAAGAGAGAGCACUCAUAGGCCAUGCAAACACUCUUUCACUUCACUCAAAGUGCCACAACCAACUUGAAAGAGUUGCAUGGAAUGAUUGUGUUAAGCUCUAUCAACAAACCAUUCAUAAGCUCAACAAAAUCCUAGAUCCUAACACCAAGUGCUCCAAAGUUGAUGCUCAAACAUGGCUUAGCACUGCUCUCACAAACCUUGAAACAUGCAAAGCUGGUUUCUAUGAACUUGGUGUUCAAGACUCUCUUCUUCCUCUAAUCUCCCACAAUAAUCUUACUAAGUUGCUAAGCAACCUUUUGGCUCUUAAUAACAAGGGUGAAUCUCAUGAAGAGCCAAGUUACAAAGAUGGAUUCCCAACAUGGGUCAAGCCAGGUGAUAAAAAAUUGCUACAAGCAUCUUCUCCAGCAUAUCAAGCCAAUGUGGUGGUGGCCAAAGACGGAUCUGGAAAAUACACAACAGUUAUGGCAGCCAUAAACGCAGCACCAAAUUAUAACAGUGGAAGGUAUGUGAUAUAUGUGAAGGCCGGGAUUUACAACGAGCAAGUUGAAAUAGAGGCAAAUAAUAUAAUGUUGAUCGGAGAUGGUAUCGGAAAAACCGUAAUCACCGGCAGCCAAAGUGUUGGGGGAGGGAGCACAACCUUUAAUUCAUCCACUGUUGGUAUUAUGGGAGAAGGAUGUAUUGCUCAAGGAAUCACAUUUAGAAACACUGCAGGUGCAGCAAAUCAGCAAGCUGUUGCAUUGCGUUCUGGAUCUGACUUAUCGGUUUUUUAUCGAUGCAGUUUUGAAGGUUAUCAAGAUACAUUAUUAACUUUAUCUGACAGACAAUUUUACAGAGAAUGUGACAUUUAUGGCACGGUUGACUUUAUCUUUGGUAAUGCUAUUGUGGUGUUUCAAAAUUGCAACAUAUUUGUAAGAAAGUAUCCAGAAACAACGAACACAAUCACUGCACAAGGAAGACUUGAUGCAAAACAAAACACUGGAUUUUCCUUUGUCAAUUGUGUGGUUACAGUUGCACCAGAUUUGAAAGCAGUUCAAAGCUCUAUGAAGGCAUAUCUUGGAAGGCCAUGGCAAAAAUAUUCAAGAACAGUUUUCAUGAAGAGUUAUUUUGAUAGCUUGAUUGUUCAAGCAGGUUGGUUGGAAUGGAAUGGUGACUUUGCAUUAAGUACUUUGUAUUAUGGAGAAUACAUGAACACAGGUCCUGGAUCUUCAACCGCAAACAGAGUUAAAUGGGGAGGUUAUCAUGUCAUAACCAAUGCUGCUGAAGCUUCAAACUUCACCGUUUCAAACUUCAUUGCUGGCAACUCAUGGCUACCAACCACCGGUGUGCCUUUCACCGCUGGUCUCUAG